UGUUUUACGCGCACCCAGUGAUUCAGAUCCGUGCGAUCCAGCCGGAGGACGAGACGAAGACCCCCACAACUCCGCCAUGUUGGGAAGGAGAUCUCUGUUGGUGGCUCUGCUGGCCGUGACUGUCGGACUUUACCUCCUCCCGUCUCCCAUCGACCCCAAACCACAUGUAUUGAAGGGACCUCCUCCAGCCCUCGAGGGGCCCCUGGCUGUCAACACCCUCCUGCAGGGGGGCCGCAGGCUGUUCUCCGGGAAACUACACGGACCAGAAUCCUUCACUGCUGACGAGAGCGGUAAUGUGUACACAGGGACUGUAGAUGGGAAGCUGUGGAGGAUCGGUCCUGACGACAGCCUCACCUUCAUCACACAGAUGGGACAGAAUCUACCAGAAUGUGGCAGCAGUACAGACUUUGAGCCCGUGUGCGGUCGUCCUCACGGCGUUCGCCUGGACCGUCGUGGUCAGCUGAUCGUCGCCGACUCCUACUUCGGUCUCCACAGCGUCGACCCCGAAACCGGAGAGAAGACCUUACUGGUGGCCAGCUCCGAAGGCGCUGGCGGCGUUCCCUUUGCUUUUCUAAACGGGCUGGAGAUCUCCUCAGAAACAGGGAUCAUUUAUUUCACCGACUCGUCCAGUCGCUGGGGACGAAGACACGUCAAACUGGAGGUGAUCGAGCUGAACAGCCUCGGCCGUCUUCUCUCCUACGAUCCCCGGACAGGAAGCGUGGCGGUGCUGCUGGACUCUCUCUACAUGCCCAACGGCGUCGUCCUGUCGCCCGACGAAAGCUUCCUGCUGCUCGCGGAGACGAGCAUCGGACGCAUCCUGAGAUAUUGGCUGAAAGGCCCGAAGGCCGGCACCAAGGAGGUCGUCUUGGACAACAUGAUCGGUUACCCGGACAACAUCCGCCUUAGCGACCGUGGAACGUUCCUGGUUGGCAUAACGACGCCUCGCUUCAGGAAGUUCAUGCCCCCCUUCCUGGAUAUGAUCGCCCCGUAUCCAGCGGUCAAACGCUUCCUGGCCAAGGUGGUUCCUCUGAGCUUCUACAACCUGCUGCUGCCGCGCUACGCUCUGGUCCUGGAGCUCGGACUGGACGGAGACAUCGUGGGAACUCUUCACGACCCCGGCGGCCGCCUGACGUGGGCCGUGAGUGACGUCUUCCAGCACCGAGGGAGGACUUACCUGGGAAACACCGACCUGCCGUUCCUCCCCGUCCUGGAGGACCAGGGCAGCUGAUGAGGAACGAACACAGGCUACCCAUAUUUUUUUAACCUCAUUGAAAUACUUGGAAAUUCUGAAUGUCAGCCCUAGAAUGUUGUUGUAGGGCAUAAGAAGAUAUUUUUACUUUUGUGAAAUUUUUUCAAAUUUUUUAACUUACAUGGAGAAAAUCAAGAUUAAUGAAUUUAACAUAUAUUGCUCCUCGUCUUUUAGUGGUAAACAAAUGUAAAGAGAAUGUUUCCUUCCGUCUCUGAUUGGCUGAAUGAAAACCACAUGCUUCUAAACCUCACUGAGAGGAACAGGGACGCAAUUUAAAACAUGCGGAAGUUACCAAAUAUGGUUCUUUGCCCCAUGAAGGGUACCAUGUGAAGACAACUGAGUUCUGCUAUUUGUGGUUUCAGCUAAAGUGUCCAUUUUAGGACACAUGGACAUCCUGUGGAAGUGAGUCCAGUUUAGUCAUGGAGCUCAGUGAAGAUUAAUAACCUUUCUUUCUGUGACGUGAGCAUUUUUACGAUGACGCAGAAACAAAUCUUCACCCAACUGAACUCAGUGUCUGAGGAACAAACUGGAAUAAAACUUCUCGCUAAAAGUUUUUUUUACGUUAACACUGGAAAUCUGAAUUUGUCUGGAAACUGGUAACUUGUAUUAUUGGAAUUAAACAGUAUAAUAAAUAUUUUAUAUUAUA